AUGCAAUUCUCAAAAGCCAAAGUUUUUGAAAACUUUCUGGAUAUAAGGUCAAGUGUCAAUCAGAAUUUGAAAUCAAUCUGCCUCCAAUCCAAUAAUGUUCACAGGAAACUUUCCACCUCUGGAGAUGAAACAUUACUUGUGGGAUUUUUUUCCUAUGUCAACCCUGAUGAACGUGCCCAGAGUUUCAAAAAAGUGCCAGUAAUUUCUGAAUAUGGAUCCAUAUUACCAAAAUAUGUCCAGCAUCCUCUUACUAUGUAUUUUGCCAUUGAUGAGAUCAACAAGAAUGCCAAGCUCUUCCCCAACCUCACACUAACACCGCUGAUUGCUCAAACUAGUUUCAAUGCCAUGAAGGCCAGUAAGUUUGUUUUAGAUUUUCUGUUUCUGAUUCAAGGGAGUCCUAUCAACUUCAAUUGUGUUGGAAGAAGGAAUCUGAACUUCUUGCCUAUCAUUGGUGACCUCACCUCACUCAAUUCCAUCCAGAUGGCCCACAUGUUGAACAUCUACAAGUUUCCACAGAUCAAUUAUGGUUCCUUUGAUCCAGUCCUGAGUGAUAAAAGGCAGUUCCCUUCCUUCUUCAGCACGGUUCCCAAUGAAAAUUUGCAAUACGAGGGGAUUGUUCAUUUACUAAAACAUUUUGGAUGGAACUGGAUUGGCCUCUUGGUCUCAGAGAAUGAGAGUGGGGACGCCUUUAUUCAAAAUCUCGAACAAAAGCUCUUCCAGCGUGAUAUUUGCAUUGCUUGGAUAGCGUUGAUCCCAAUUUUAGCAGAUGCACUCUUAAAUAGAGGUUUCAUUCAGGAACGGGUAGACAACCUAUUAGGCAUUAUCUUACAGAAGAAUGUCUCUGUAUUCCUUGCUUCUGGAACUGCCCAAUCAAUGGAGAUUUUACAAUGGGGGCUUUAUUUGCGUGAAGUUUGCCAAACCCCAAUAGAUCACAGAGUAUGGAUCAUGACCUACCAGUGGGAUUUCACUGUGAGUUUAUUGCCAAUAGAUAGCUUUCUAGUUCAGACUUUCAAUGGUUCCCUAUACUUCUCCCUCCAUAGAAGGACUGUGCCAGGAUUUCAAGAGUUUCUUGAGAAAAUAAAACCUUUGGUGCAUCCCAUUUCAUACAUUGAUUGGUUCUGGGAAUUUGUGUUUGAUUGUUCACUGCCUCCAUAUCGGAAAGGUGUUAAACGCUGCACUGGGAGGGAAAAACUCAAGGCAGUCUCUGGCUCUGUGUUUGAAAUGACCAUGUCUGGAGAAAGCUACAAUAUCUACAACGGGGUUUAUCUUGCAGCACAUGCGUUGCAAGCAAUGCAUUCAAAAAGAGCAAAAAGAGCAAAGCCAGCUCCUCUGAGGAAUCAGGAUGCAUCAAAUCUUCAGCCUUUGCAGCCAUGGGAGCUUCACUACUUUCUGAGAAACACCCGUUUUAAUAACAGUGUGGGAGAAGAAAUCUUUUUUGAUGAGAAAGGGGAGAUUGACCUGGGAUAUGACAUUUUCAACUAUGUCUCCUUCCACAAUAAAUCCUUCCAGAGAGUCCGGAUUGGAAAGAUGGUCUCCAAAUCUCUUGAUGGGAAGAAAUUCAUUAUUAAUGAAAAUAUCAUUAUGUGGAAUCACAAGUUUCAGCAGGUGGGAUUUUUGGUAAACUCUAACUUGGUAGACUAUUAUUCGGAGGUACUUCCCCAUGCCAGAUGUGUAGAGAGCUGCCGUCCGGGGUUCAGCAGGGUUGUUCAGGAGGGGAAACAUAUUUGUUGCUAUAAUUGUAGACAAUGUCCUGAAGGAAGAAUUUCAAUUGAAACAGAUGCAGACCAAUGUGAGAGAUGCCCAGAAGAUGAGUAUUCGAAUGCAGAAAAAGUCCAGUGCCUUCCCAAACGUUUCAGCUAUUUAUCUUAUGGGGAACCCUUGGGAAUCAUUUUGAGUUCUCUGAACCUUUUCUUUUCAGCUAUUCUUAUUUUGGUGGCAGUGACCUUCAUUCUACAUUGGGACACCCCCAUUGUCAAAGCCAACAACAGGAACAUCACGUGUAUCCUCCUUUCCUCUCUCCUGCUGUGUUUUCUGUGCUCUCUGCUCUUCAUAGGUCAGCCUGGGAAUGUGAGUUGCUUCCUCAGGCAAACUAUGUUUGGCACCAUUUUCUCUCUCUCGGUAUCUUGUGUCUUGGCCAAGACCAUCACGGUUGUUAUGGCUUUCCUGGCCACUAAGCCAGGAAACCAGAUGAGGAAAUGGCUAGGAAACAGACUGGCGGGAUCCAUCAUUGUCUUCUGCUCCUGUAUUCAAGCUGUUAUCUGUAUGGUAUGGUUGAUCGUAUCUCCUCCCUUCCCUGAAUGGGACAUGCAUUCACAGGUUCAAGAGAUAAUUGUUCAAUGUAAUGAAGUUUCAGAUACCAUGUUUUACAUUGUCCUGGGAUACUUGUGGCUUUUAGCCAUCAUCAGUUUUACUGUGGCUUUCUUUGCCAGAAAACUGCCUGACACUUUUAACGAAGCCAAGCUGAUCACCUUCAGCAUGCUUGUGUUUUGUAGCAUUUGGGUGUCCUUCAUCCCAGCCUAUCUGAGCACCAAGGGGAAAUACAUGGUAGCUGUGGAGGUCUUCUCCAUCUUGGGCUCUACUGCAGGCCUCCUGGGCUGCAUCUUCCUGCCCAAGUGCUACAUCAUUCUGCUGAACCCACAUCUGAAUACCAAACAGCAUCUGACUAGGAAGACAGAUUAA